UCAGUUGUUCUUUCACUAUAGCAGCAAUGGCGAUAGUAAGGAGAAGAUCGCUGAUCGCAACUCCUCUCUCUCUAGCUCUUACUCUUUCUCUCCUCCUCGCCGUCUCCUCCGCCGCUGUAUUCUUCGAGGAGCGCUUCGAUGAUGGAUGGGAGAGUCGGUGGGUCAAAUCUGACUGGAAGAAAGAUGAGAAUAUGGCCGGCGAGUGGAAUUACACUUCUGGAAAAUGGAGUGGAGAUGCCAAUGACAAAGGUAUCCAGACCAGUGAAGACUAUAGGUUUUAUGCUAUCUCUGCCGAAUUCCCUGAGUUUAGCAACAAGGAUAAGACCCUAGUUUUUCAAUUUUCUGUCAAGCAUGAACAAAAACUUGACUGUGGUGGUGGAUACAUGAAAUUGCUCAGUGGUGAUGUUGACCAGAAGAAAUUUGGUGGUGACACUCCAUACAGUAUCAUGUUUGGGCCAGAUAUCUGUGGUUACACCACCAAAAAGGUGCAUGCUAUUCUAACAUACAAUGACAAAAACAACUUGAUCAAGAAGGAUGUUCCAUGUGAGACUGAUCAACUCUCUCAUGUAUACACUUUCAUUCUCCGACCCGAUGCUACCUACAGCAUCCUCAUCGACAAUGUGGAGAAGCAGACAGGGAGCUUGUACUCUGACUGGGAUCUAUUGCCUCCAAAGCAGAUCAAGGACCCUGAAGCUAAGAAGCCUGAAGAUUGGGAUGACAAGGAAACCAUUCCUGAUCCUGAAGACACGAAGCCAGAGGGUUAUGAUGAUAUCCCCAAGGAGGUUGCUGACCCUGAUGCCAAAAAGCCUGAGGACUGGGAUGAUGAGGAGGAUGGUGAGUGGACUGCGCCUACCAUUCCUAACCCGGAGUACAAGGGACCAUGGAAGGCAAAGAAAAUUAAGAACCCCAACUACAAGGGCAAGUGGAAGGCACCAAUGAUUGAUAACCCAGAGUUCAAGGAUGACCCAGAACUAUAUGUUUUCCCCAAGUUGAAGUAUGUAGGCAUUGAGUUGUGGCAGGUGAAAUCUGGAACCCUAUUUGACAAUGUUCUUGUAAGUGAUGACCCUGAAUAUGCCAAGAAGGUAGCAGAAGAAACAUGGGGAACACAAAAAGAUGCUGAGAAGGCUGCUUUUGAGGAGGCCGAAAAGAAGAAAGAGGAGGAGGAAUCAAAGAAUGAUCCAGCUGUUGAUUCUGAUGCUGAGGAUGGUGCUGAGGAGUCCGAUGUUGAAGGUGAAGAUGCUGAGGAUGAUUCCAAAGUAGACCCCAACGAAGACCCUACAGCUUCAGUCGAUGACGAUGUGCACGACGAACUGUAGGAUAUUAAGUGAUGGAAUGCUGAAAUCACUAGAGACAUUGUGCCAUCGCCCCGAAAUUUUUCUUAUUAGAUGUAGCGCUUUAUGUAGGAUAACUAAAUGACAGUUGGAAGCUGCAAGAGAUCGUGUUUGUGGCUUGAUUGGUUUAAUUGAGUCUGUUAUCUGGUCAGAUUUUUUGUUUAUCAGCUUGUCUGAGAAUUACUGCUAUUCUAUUAAUGCCACGACUUGCAGUUUUCUGAUUGAAA